AUGGAAAAUUCUUCAAUUUCCAAUUUCACACAGAUAGCAGACGUUCCGGACAUUGCCUUGGAACGCAUUUUGGGUGUGAUUGGCAUGGCAACCAUAAAUUUUCUGGCAUUUUGGGGAAAUUUUAUAAACAUUGUUGUCAUCGUGACCAAACCUCAAAUCAGACAUAAUUUAUCAAACUUAUUACUUCUCAAUCUGUGUUUCAUUGAGAUUUCGGCUGCCAUCUUCUUGUUGCCUUCGGCUAUCGUUUCGUAUUAUUCCGACUCAUGGAUUUUUGGUGAGUCCUUUUGCGCCCUGAUAGGAUUUUUAGGAAGUUUGUUUUCGUUUGCAUCCAUCGCAAAUUUGUGUGUGAUUAGCGUAGAACGUUUUUACAGCAUUCGAUUCCCUAUGCAUCAUGCGGCUCACAUGAGUUUAACGAAGAUUCUGUGCAUGAUCGGUUUUGUGUGGAUGGACAGUCUCCUUCUGUCCGUGCCCCCUCUGUUAGGGGUCAACUCCUACUCGUUUCAAUCCUAUAAACGUCAGUGCUCUUUUUCCUGGGGGCUCGAGAUAAUGAACAAAGUCUACGUUUUAAUCGUCGGACUACUGUGCUUCAUCGUACCUGCCCUAAUCAUUUUUCUCAUGCAUUGGGGAAUUUUUCGAGUGGCACAUAAAGCGUUAACUCGUAUUAACCCGGGGAUAAAUCGUCAAUCGCUCCAAAGCACGAAUCACCAUAAAGCGAUCAAAACGUUAUCCAUAACGUUAACGGCGUUCGUGAUAUUCUGGGGUCCGUAUUAUUUGUAUCACGGUUAUGGUGCUAUUAGAGAUCGAAUCUCCCAUAGACAUGUAAUAGAGGUGAUCGUACUUUGGUUGGGAUACUGUGCCUACGCUAUGAAUCCGUUUCUAUACAGCUUUCUCAACCGGGCAAUACGAACUGAAGUGAUCGAACUGUAUAAAAAGAUAUUAUGUUGCCGAGUGUGUAUAUUUAAAGACGAAAGUGACGAAGAUGAGGAUCUAGGAGACCAGAAUUUCAUCCAGUUUCUGGAAGGGAGUGGCAGCUGUGUGGGAAUGGGUCAACAUCGUUCAAGCCAUUCUCGGGUGGACAGCGAGUCCAAUUCCAUACAACGAUGGUGA